GUCAACGGUCAGAAAUUAAAACGGUCGUGCUGCUUAAAGCGUCAACCGUCUGUAAUUCAUUCCCCCAAACCUUUCUGCUCUCCUCUCCACCACCGGCAUCCGUGCCCCCUCACAAGCCGGGGGAGAGGGGGGGUCCAGCGCGGGGGCUACACAGCAUGGACCCCCAAAUGAAGGACCGAACCAGUCCGGCGACAGGGGGCUUCAGCGGGCGCCUGGCUUCCCUGGGAGCCGACGGAGGUGACUCGGAAGCCGGAGCCGGCUCGGAGGAAGCAGCCGUGGGCUGCUGCAGCGACACGUUCAGCAGUCUGCCCGACAUGGAGCAAGAGACUCUGGAGGAGAAAUUAAGAGGACUUGCGUUCAGAAAACAGACCUCGUAUCGGAAAGCAAUCUCCCGUUCAGGCCUCCAGCACCUCGGACCACCCCAGCCCUCCCUGCCCCCUGCAUCCAAUGGGCCCAACAAGGAGCUACGUACCGGCGUGGACUGGACGGAGAAUGCAGUGAAUGGGGAUCACCUGUGGAUGGAGACGAGUUGUUCAGGAGAGCUCUGUUAUCUCGGAGAAGACACCUGCCUACUAAAGACUGCAAAGUCUGCCCCCAGGAAGAAGUGUGCUGCCUGUAAGAUCGUUGUUCACUCUGGCUGCAUAGAGCAACUAGAAAAGAUUAACUUCCGAUGCAAGCCAACGUUCAGAGAGGGAGGAUCCCGGUGCCUCAGAGAUCAGAACAUACUGAGACAUCACUGGGUUCACAGGCGAAGACAGGAGGGGAAAUGUAGACAAUGUGGAAAGAGUUUUCAACAGAAGUUCUUCCACAGUAAAGAAAUCAUCGCCAUCAGUUGUUCCUGGUGUAAACAGGCUUUUCACAAUAAGGUGACGUGUUUCAUGCUACACCAGAUUGAGGAGCCGUGUUCACUGGGGGCCCAUGCUGGAGUCAUAGUGCCACCGUCCUGGAUCAUCAAAGUCAGGAAACCACAGAGCUCACUUAAAAACUCUGCCAGGAGAAAAAAGCGGACAUCUUUCAAACGAAGGACAAGCAAGAAGGGACUGGAUGAGUCUAAAUGGCGUCCGUUCAUGUUGAAGCCUCUCCCCUCACCUCUCAUGAAGCCCAUCUUGGUGUUUGUGAAUCCCAAGAGUGGGGGCAACCAGGGUGCCAAGGUGUUACAGAUGUUCAUGUGGAUCUUGAACCCUCGACAAGUCUUUGACCUGUCACAGGGUGGGCUGCGAGAGGCGUUGGAUUUGUAUCGGAAAGUGCCAAAUCUGAGGAUCCUUGCCUGCGGAGGGGACGGCACGGUGGGGUGGAUCCUGUCCACUCUAGAUGAGCUACAGAUGAACCCCCAGCCCCCGGUCGCUGUUCUUCCUCUGGGAACAGGAAAUGACCUCGCCAGGACGCUCAACUGGGGCGGGGGUUACACAGAUGAGCCAGUGUCCAAGGUUUUAUGUCACGUGGAGGACGGUUCGGUGGUGCAGCUGGACAGGUGGAACCUUCUAGUAGAGAAAAGUGCUGCGCAGCCAGAGGAGGGCACACAGAAGCUACCUCUGAAUGUGUUCAACAACUACUUCAGCCUGGGCUUCGACGCUCAUGUCACCCUGGAGUUCCACGAGUCCAGAGAGGCCAACCCAGAAAAGUUUAACAGUCGCUUCCGCAACAAGAUGUUCUAUGCAGGAGCUGCGUUCUCAGAUUUCCUCCAGAGAAGCUCCAGGGAUUUGUCCAAGCACGUCAGAGUGGUGUGUGACGGUACCGAUCUAACUCCUAAGAUUCAGGAGCUGAAAUUCCAGUGCAUUGUGUUUCUAAACAUUCCCAGGUACUGUGCUGGCACCAUGCCAUGGGGAAACACGGGCGACCACCGGGACUUUGAGCCGCAGCGCCAUGAUGACGGCUGCAUCGAGGUUAUUGGCUUCACCAUGGCCUCGUUGGCUGCGUUACAGGUCGGUGGUCAUGGAGAGAGAUUGCACCAGUGCAGGGAAGUCAUCCUAACUACCUUCAAGACCGUACCUGUUCAGGUGGACGGUGAGCCGUGUCGUCUGGCUCCCUCCACUCUCCGCAUCUCCCUCCGAAAUCAAGCCAACAUGGUCCAGAAGAGCAAGAGACGCACCUCUGUACCCCUGCUCAACGAUAUUCAGAAGGUGUGUGCAGCUGAUCUGCGCCGCCUCUCUGCUCCCCCAGACUCCUUCUCUGUUCCUCACUCAGUACCUGAUCGCCUGCGUCUUCGAGUGAAUCGGAUCAGCCUCCAGGAGUACGACCGACUGCAGUACGACAAAGAGCGACUACGAGACAUCUCCAUCCCAGUAGGCAUUGUGGUGGUGAGGGGGGACUGUGACCUGGAGACAUGCAGACUCUAUAUUGACAGAUUGCAAGAGGACUUACACCAGGCGCCAUCUACUGGCCACAGAGUGCACUAUCAGGAUGAGUGCCGAGGCAUCCCCAGGACCAGUUCAAACAGUAGACUCUCUGCCAACUGGAGCUUCUUGGAUUCCACAUCAGCUGACCGCUUCUAUCGCAUUGACAAGGCUCAGGAGCACCUCCACUUUGUGACAGAAAUCUGCCAGGACGAGGUGUUUAUCCUGGACCACGAGGGACCAGUGGUGAGCCAGGGAACGUCCACGGGGAUGCCUGAUCUGGUAGUGGAGCCUACUGCAGGGUCUCCCUUGACAGCUGACGAACAAGCUCUGAUGACGGCUGCCAGUAAAGGGGAUAUUUCCAUGCUGUCGGAGUGUGUGCGUCGAGGCGUGAGCUUGCUGGUUAGAGACUCUGGAGGCUGUUCUGCGUUACAUGUAGCUGCCCAGAACGGACACACAGACGUGGUCAGCUACAUACUGCAGCAGGGCUCUAAAGUGCUGCUGGAUUUGACAGACAGAGAGAAAGGGGACACUGCAUUGCACAAAGCAGCCUCUGAGAAGCAGCAUGCCGUGUGUCGAUUGCUGGUGGAGGCCGGAGCGUCGCUCGAGAAGACCAACUUCCAGGGGAAGACAGCAGCGGACCAAGCGCAGGGAGACUCUGAGCUCGCCACCUACCUGAGCACCCAACAACACACAUCUGCUGCCCCCCGCGAAGACUUGGAGACGGCUGUCUGAGGCGCACAUACACUCAUACACACUCACUCGGUGUCUCUGGACUCUGCACACACUCGUAGUGGAGACGAAGCUGGGAGAGAAAAGUGUAACAAAAACAAAGUCUGGUCAGAGUCAGUGUCUCACCUCACAUCAGAGGAGAGAACGGCUUCAGCUCACAGCAGCACUGCAGUGGAGAUUUUAAUGGUCAACUAUUUAUUUGUAUUUAUUUAUUCAUAUUCUAUUUAUUGGUUGAGUGUAGAGAUUGACUGUAUGACUAAUGGCGGCUCAGGAUGCAACUGCACUUUGAGCAGCCGUCUCGGGUCGUGACUUCACUUGUGGUUUAGGGGAGCCGAACUCAUGAAAGCUGUUUAUUUUAGUCACAAUUCCUACUUUAAGUAUCAGUUUAUUCGUGCAAUCAUUGAAAAACUGUUAUUUCUGUUGAAAAUAACCAAAAUUACAUUUUUAUUUCAGAACUGAUAGAAAUACUAAAAGCUUUUAUGUUUACCCAUAAAACCUGUGUGCCAAAGACAUUGCUUUGAUGUAGUGUCAAAUCUAAACCCCAAUUUCAGUAUUUUCCCUUGCAUCUAUCGCAGUGGUUUGUUUUUACAUUCUCCAAAACAGAUUGCUUUAAUACCAAAUGAUUCAUUCAGCAUCCCCAUUACAGGUUUGAUAAUAUUACAAAUUUCAACUGUCUCAAGUCGUAAAACUUUAGUUUAGAGUUCCUUUUCAAACUACAGCUACAAACUAACAUGUGCACAUCAAAAUUAACAUUUAUUCGUUUUAAGGUGUCACAAGCCACAAAAAAAAGAUUGGGAACCUCUGCUUUAAUCCACAGUGUUGGAGCCAUUUGUCCUUAACCUAAAUCAUAAAACAUCUGACAGCAUUUGGUUUCCAGACCUGACAACUCUUGGUGCAAAAUAUGGUUUUAAAAAAAUCUGGGCUGGACUUUUAAAGUGGUCAAAAGAAUCUUAAAUUGAAUUCAAAAACAAAUGGCGAGCUAAUGUAUUAGAGAUACUGCUCAAUUACGUUUCAUUAAAUAACUAGAUUUAUGGCUCUGUGUGGUCAUUUUUAAGUUCUAAACUUUUUUAUUAGUAUCCUGUUUUUACUCAUUCCACCACAUGUUGGACUUGUUGGUCCCCAGUGGAGUUUGACUGGUUCGAUUGUUGAAGCCUGACAGCUGACGGAUGUGCUCAUUAUCUUUUUCUUAAAAAUUUAUUCAUAGAUUUAGUUUUUUCUUGUCUAAAAGUCUCUGAAUAGGACUUGGGCUAAAACAUGUUAAGACACUGAGGAUAUCUUGAAUUCAGAGUGGAUUUUGAAAUUGGGAAAAUAUUAUACAUUUUAAAACCCAUUGAUUAUUCUAAUUGGCAGAUAAAUCGAUAAUUAAAUUAAUCUGGUUGCAUCCCUUAUUCAAAGCAUCACAGGAGUAAAAGUCUGUUAACAACUUCUAUCACAAGAUUUAAUUAUUUUAAAUCAAUUAAAUUAAAAUGUCGCAUCCAAACAAAAUUAAAUCAUAUUAAUCAUAUUCAUCACUGACUGAAACAGAUCACAUUAUUUAGAAAGCACCGGCAUCGGCCCAGUAUCAAGGACAACCAACACAGUAUUUCAUCCAUAGGUCCUUGUGCAGGUGUGAUUAGAGAUUUAAAAAAGGCUUUUUAAGCAUAACCACUUACCUGUUAAUUUUCUAACGUCUGAUUUUCCAGCUGCCGUCAAACAAAGACAUAUUUAAACUUUUCACACUGGGAUAGUGUGUAUCUGGUACUCCUGACCCAACAAGGCUUUUCACAUGCAGCUUGUGUGUGUGUGUGUGUGUGUGUGUGUGAGAUAACAUUCCCCAUAUCAUAUCAAAUUCUCUGUGCAGUAUGUACAUAACUACAGACUGUGUGUUGUGUUAUAAUAGUGUGUGUGUCUUUCAUGUGAGUCUUUUCAUGUGUAUCUCAAGUACACAUUCCCAAGUGUGUGUGUGUGUGUGUGUGUUUGCAGCAUUUAUCCAAGCAGAAAAGAAAAAUCUGAGCCAUAUUCAAUGCAAUAUAAGUAGAUGACGUCUUUUUGCAUUUCUCUAUUAAUCGUUUACAUUACAUUAAUGUUUUAACGUAGUCGACCAUUUAGCACUGAGGAGUAUUGAAUGUGCAAUUUUACUUCAGUGCUGGUUGGGUUUAUGAUUGUCUUGUUAUGUUUUGUUGUUUUGUUUUGGGUUUUUUUCAUUUGUGUGCAUCUAUGUCAGUGGAUUGAACUUUCAAACGACCCUGUCAGGUCUCUUUUGAUAUAACCUGUUGUAUAAAAUUGAUAUAGAAAUUAAGAACUGCUUUACCCAAGAAUUUGUGGGGACACUGAAACAUUUAAAGACUCAGAUGUGGCCAUCAUAGAAGUCAUACUGCCGUCAUUUAUGUUAGUUGUAAAUCCCCUUUUCAGCUGCCACGAAGAUUCACAGACAUUUUAGUGGUUGUUUCUGUUCAUUUUCAUUUUGUUUCAGUGAUCUGACAGCCGGUGAACCAUCUCUGAAAAAAGAGAUGACACACAGCAUCUCCAGUACAACAAAAGACAAAACAUUAAGAUUAAUCGUUAAGUUUUGUUUUGAAUGUGUCGCGUACAUGAGUUAUAUAUGUUUUUAGAUAUUUUCUCUGUAAUUAAAAGUGUUAAAUUAAAAGCUUUAAAAUUGAAACUGAAAGAAACUGUCACCUGUGGCUAUCACAGUGUAAUAAACAGGCCAAACUACCUGCUUACCUGCACGUUCUCUGUUUUGUCAUCCAGUAUUUUGUCAUGGUUGGGUCCAUUUCAACAGUGACAGUAACAGAACAUGAUGAAUCAGUAUUGUUGCUUUUGUUACCUACUUUUUAAUAUGCUCCUGAUUUAGAAAGGCUGCUGCCCGAAACUAUGUUUUUGAGGUGUCCUAAUGUACAAAUUGAACACCCCCCCCCCCCUCCCCCCUUUAAUUACAGGGAGAAUAUAUAAACAUAUUUAACUCACAUAUGCGACACAUUCAAAGCAAAACUUAACCAUCAGUCUUAAUGUUUUUGUCUUAAUGACAGCCAUUCAGAUCAAUCAAUUUUAAAUAGCAAUGGUAUAAAUUAAGAUAAAUGGCUUUGGGAUGAUAAAACUAUUUUAAGUGUUAAAUUCAGGGGUGUUGAUUUAUAAAGAGAAGAAGAGUGAUUUUAAAGGUGACCUAUUAAACUGCUUUUCCAGUCCUAUAUUUUAGUUCUGUGACUCCUGUAUGGCAACUUUGCAUGUUUCAAAGUUAAAAAAAAAAAGUUUUUCUUAUACUUAUUCUUCAUGUAGGCCUUCA